GUUGGCUGGGCCCGGCCUACUCGGGGGAAGGCCUCAGCCACCCUCUCUCCAUCCUUCUCUGCCUUCGAGAAGCCGAGAUACACACCUGGGCUUCGCGGGCUCUGGGAUUCCCCUCCACAUUCUUAACUGCACUCGAGCUUCCGGUCUGGCCUGCUAGUACCAAGUCUUUUACUCGUACCAGGCCUGGUCCCCCCCCCCCCCCCCAGACCUCUCAGUAGUUUCUGCCUUUGCACCUCCGGCGUCGCUGCAUCCGCCCCCGGAAAAACCCCAGAGUUUUGGGAUUUCCUCCCCUCCCCCAUGCUUUCGGCUCCGUUUCUCCGUUGGUGACCGCCGCCGAAGAGCAUCCCUUGGGAUGAACCUUUCUAAACAUUGCGACUUGCCUGCAUGGAGACUUGGAGCGAGCAAAAGAAUCUGGUGAACACUUUCUUCAGCUUCCUUCGACGCAAAACAGACUUCUUUGUUGGAGGAGAAGAAGGCAUGGCAGAAAAGCUUAUCACACAGACCUUCAACCACCACAACCAGCUGGCACAGAAGGCCCGGCGGGAGAAGCGAGCUCGGCAGGAGACUGAGCGGCGGGAGAAGGCGGAGCGCGCAGCCAGGUUGGCCAAGGAGGCCAAGUCAGAGACCUCCGGGCCCCAGAUCAAGGAGCUGACUGAUGAGGAGGCUGAGAGGCUACAGCUGGAAAUUGACCAGAAAAAGGAUGCCGAGAAUCAGGAGGCCCAGCUCAAGAAUGGCAGUCUUGGCUCACCAGGGAAGCAGGAGGCCGAGGAGGAGGAGGAGGAGGAGGACGAGAAGGACAAAGGGAAACUGAAGCCCAACCUUGGCAACGGGGCGGACCUGCCCAGUUACCGCUGGACCCAGACCCUGUCGGAGCUGGACCUGGCUGUGCCCUUCCGUGUGAACUUCCGGCUGAAGGGGAAGGACGUGGUGGUGGACAUCCAGCGGAGGCAUCUCCGGGUGGGGCUCAAGGGACAGCCAGCGAUCGUGGACGGGGAGCUUUACAACGAGGUGAAGGUCGAGGAGAGCUCCUGGCUCAUCGAGGAUGGCAAGGUGGUGACAGUGCAUCUGGAGAAGAUCAACAAGAUGGAGUGGUGGAGCCGCUUGGUAUCCAGUGACCCUGAGAUCAAUACUAAGAAGAUAAACCCUGAGAACUCCAAGCUGUCAGACCUGGACAGUGAGACCCGUAGCAUGGUGGAGAAGAUGAUGUAUGACCAGAGACAGAAGUCCAUGGGGCUGCCUACCUCGGAUGAGCAGAAGAAACAGGAGAUUCUAAAGAAAUUCAUGGAUCAGCAUCCAGAGAUGGACUUUUCCAAGGCCAGAUUCAACUAGCCCCUGUGUUUGCUCCCCUGAACUCUCCAGGCUGAGCUCCCGGCUCCCCACUUUCCUCUCCCACCCUCCCCGGGACUGGUGGGCUGCAGGGCCAGGGCAGGCACGGGGCUGGCCGGCACACAGGUCCCAGGCCAUCAUGGCAGAAGGGCUGGGGCCUUGGGGGGUAUUGUCCUCCCCAGCUGGCCUGCUGUUACACAUUAAAACCAUUAACCCAA